AUGACUUCACUACAGUCGGAAUCACCGGAAAAGGUACUCCAGCUAGAUUUAGAUGGAGAAGAGACGGUCACCGCGGUUCAAAGUGGUCCACACACUCCUCCUAUUCCGGAGGACCUAGCUUACAGCGGCCCGUUGGAACCGCAGAACAAGAGAAGAUCUCGAAGCAGAUCAACGAUCCAUCAAUCGUCGGAAAUCCCUCCGAAGAGAGGAAAGAUGGACGAAUCCGCGGAUGAGACAGAAGAUCCCGAAGACAGACACAGCGUCAAGUCGGAGGACUACACCUUGGAACCACGGAUCACGGUAGACGAACUGCUCAUCGAAGAAAUCCGCGGCAUGCAUCAGUCCAUUGGAAACAUGGAGUUGUCAAUCGCGGCGAACGGUGCUCCACAGAGUAUCCCUCCAGAUUGGAUCAAGAACUCCAACCAAAUCUCAGCCAACCUCUUUGCCUUGCUCCGCACGAACAGUGACCUCAUCCGAGCAAAUAACUCGGCAACCGCGGCACUUCAACGUCUGGUGACUCAAAUCGCCAAGGACCAGAAGUCGAACCUGCAAGAAGCAUGGCUGAAGGGACUCCAAGACAUCACCCACGAUAUCCAAGAGAAUCGCCGAGCAAUCCAACAUGUGGAAUCCGCGGUAACUCAAAUGGAGGAAACGGUGCUACGUAAAAACGAACCGCCGGUUCUGCAACUCGAUCAGGUUGCUUCAGGAAGACUGGACAUGCCACAAGCAGCUCCCAAGAAUAAACGCGGUUGUGCCCUCUGCAAAAAGCCAACACAUCCGACGGAGAAGUGCAAGUCAUUCGUAGGCUCCAUCGAUAGGACAAGAAGAGCUGAAAAGCUCAAUAUCUGUCUGAGAUGUCUCGCCAAGAACACCGAUUCAGAGCGCGGCACCCACGAUGCAUGCCCGAACGAACACACGAGCUGCCACAGAUGCGUCAACAAGGUGGAAGACAGCCGUCUCGCUCGUCACCACCCCGCAUUCUGCGGCUACAAGGCUGAAGAGGAAUCCGCGGAUGCUAGCAAGCCGCAGAAGAAACAGAAGCUCAAGUCGAAACGGGCGACAUCAUCUGCCAAGCAAAGUCAAUACGUUCAUUAG